AUGGCUCGUCUUUUUAUUGGGAUUCUAGUGUUUUUGGUAGCAGUGUCGGUCACAGAAGCUCUGAUAACAUACAAUUGGCAACAACCAGUACACCUUGACCAAUUUUUCAAACAUCAGCCUGGGUAUCAAAGUCGAAUGGACAAGGUAAAAUACGUUGCCAGAAGUGCUGACCUAUUAUUGUAGUAUCAUUUUUCAUUUCAUUUCAUUUAUUCCUCAUUUCAAAUAUUUAUUUUAAUGUCAUCAUACUGAGAAAGUUACAAUUGAAAGUUUUAGUUAUAGAGGUAUAGGUAUCGGAAGAUGUGUAGGUAUAGCGGUUGAAUUUAUAAAAAAAGUAGCGCAAAAUUUAGCGCUGUUAUACAAUAUUACUAUAACAAACCGUAGCCUUAGAGCAAUUGUAAGAAAUCGUAUUACGCAACUUUUUCUUGUGCAAUAUUAUUGACUUUUGUAAUAUUUGCCUCGGUGUAAAACGACCCACCAAAUGACUGCGAGUGCUGCGAUCUUGCUCUAUUUUACUGCGAGGUUACAUCUUUAUAGGUCGUAAAUGCAUUUCUUAGUUUUUACUGUCAUAACCUUUUGAAUUGAAGAUUUAAACCCGUUUAAACUAAACCUAAGCCUAAGCCUACUAAGCCUCAGCCUAUUAAACCUAAGCCUACUAAGCCUCAGCCUACUAAACCUCAGCCUACUUAGCCUAAGCCUACCAAGCCUAAGCCUACUAAGCCUGAGCCAGCCUACUAAGCCUAAGCCUAUUUAACCUAAGCCUACUAAGCCUCAGCUUUCUAAACAUCAGCCUACUUAGCCUAAGCCUACCAAGCCUAAGCCUACUAAGUCUUAGCCUACUAAGCCUAAGUCGACUAAGCCUAAGUCGACUAAGCUUAAACCUGCUAAACCUAAACGCACCAAAUCUUUACUUAUGCUUAAGUGCAAGCCGAAGCCUGAAAUUAACAAGCCUAAGCAUUUGCAAAAGACUAACAAGCCUAAUCUUACCAAGCCUAAAUACUGAAAUUGAAAGGAAAAUUCAAAGUUUCAUUACAAGUUGUUUCAGAAGACAGCAGAACUACUUGACGCCAUAGAUGAGCCUGAAUAUUCGUCAGAACACGUCAGUUCCAAAACGGCUCACGAGCUUUUGCAAAAGAAUGCGGAUCCACGUCAAUUCUACGGAAACUACUUUCCAUGGACCAUGAUUUAA